GCGCGUGUACAGCACCCAAAAGACAUGCUCAGUGCGGCAGUGUCCCCGCUCCACUGGUGAUCGAAAGACGUGUGCCUCUCCGCCAUAAAAGGGAACAUCAUGGGAAACGAGAGCGGUGAACACGCGAAGAAGCAAGUGAAGGUUUGGUGCGAUGGCUGCUAUGACAUGGUACACUUUGGACACGCUAACUCCUUGCGGCAAGCUAAGGCAAUGGGGGAUUACUUGAUUGUUGGUGUGCACACAGAUGAAGAGAUCACCAAACACAAGGGGCCUCCCGUCUUUACCCAGGAGGAGAGGUACAAGAUGGUCAGGGCUAUUAAGUGGGUGGACGAAGUGGUGGAGGGAGCACCUUACGUAACCACACUGGAAACACUAGAUAAAUACGAGUGUGAUUUCUGUGUCCAUGGAGAUGACAUCACCAUGACUGCAGAUGGUGUAGACACCUACCACAUAGUGAAGGCAGCUAAGAGAUACAAGGAAUGCCGCAGAACUGAAGGAGUUAGCACGACAGACCUGGUUGGUCGGAUGCUGCUCAUGACGAGACAACACCAGCAGGUUGGAGAGGCAGAGUACCUGGUGGGGCGUGAUCACUCAGACAGCCUUGGUACAGAUGCCAGUGCUCGCUCCCCAUGGACAGGCGUUACACAGUUCCUACCAACCACGCAGAAAAUCAUGCAGUUCUCUUCGGGACUGACACCGAAGUCAGGAGACAAGAUUGUGUAUGUGGCAGGUGCAUUUGACCUUUUCCAUGUGGGUCACCUUGACUUCCUGGAGAAGGCAAGGCAAGAGGGUGACUUCCUGAUAGUUGGCCUCCACACAGACCCAGUUGUCAACCGUUACAAAGGUGCUAACUAUCCUAUUAUGAAUCUGCACGAGCGUGUGCUGUCUGUACUGGCUUGCAAGUAUGUGAGUGAGGUGGUGAUUGGGGCCCCCUAUUCUGUCACCUCUGACUUGAUGGACCAGCUGAAGGUGGACCUUGUGUGUCAUGGCAUGUCUGAGAUCAUGCCUGAUGCAGAUGAUUCUGACCCCUAUGCAGAGCCCAAGAGAAGGAACAAGUUCAAGAUCCUGGACUCAGGCAAUGACAUGACAACGCAGAGAAUUGUUGAGCGCAUCAUUGAGCACAGGUUAGACUAUGAAGUACGCAAUAAGAAGAAAGAAAGGAAAGAGAAGGCAGCAUAUGCAGCCUACAUCAAGGCAAAGGCUGAGGGCCGCUUGGACAUUGAACCAAUUCAUGUCGAGUGACCCUUCCGCCGAUGGUACCAUACUUACUGUUGCUACGUAUGAACCUUACCAAAUCGCCAUCACAAACAGUCUGUGAAGGUUAUCCAUCAGCCUACUUGUUGAUUGUUAUCUUCCUGAACCAGUCGUGUCGUGAGUGAUGAGGAGUCCACCGUUGGGAGCUCUUGUCUCGAUGCACAUCACACAAAGUUAUGUCAAGACAAGUCAUCACAACUGUGUCAGAUUCCAAGUCUGAGCUAUGUUUAUGAUCAUCAAAGAAUCUAGUCACUUCUUUAGAUGCCAUAACCAGAUGUCUGGUCAUCGCUAGAGAUGUCAUCCUACAUAGCAUGGUUUUAUAUGCUUGGGUACAUCAUCCAUUUAGGUACAUACCCACUUUUUAACAAAACAUCCAGUAACCUGAUUGCUUAUCCUAUCAUAUUCAGACAGUAGGUAUUAUUUCUCUCUAGGAUAAACCCCCUAGAAAGAAAAAAAGAUAAAUAAGCAUCCUUUUUAGAUUUUUAUUUAAUGCCCACAAUGGAAGUGAGUGGUCACUGUUAUGUGAACAUUCAUUUAACCUAUUUUCCUUUUUAUGUAUGAAUUGCAAGUGUGGAAUUAAUUUUGAACUGAAAAAGGAAUUUAUUUUUUCUCUCUCUCUCUCUGAUGAACAAAAUAUUUCUUUAUUUACAUAAACAGUAUCAACAAAAACUUUGUUAGCUCAUGAUGUAAAACAUUAUCAAUCAUAGUUUCUGUUAUUCACUAUUCAUGUAAAAGCUACAAGGGCAGAGUAUUCUGGCAAAAAAGAAAGAAUGAAAAAAUACGAAUACCCAUGCAAUACAAGCUUCAAAACACUCACAUCAUAAAGAAACAGCUUAUUUUGUCCAAAAACACCACAUAUACAGGAGCUCAAGCUAGAACUGCAGGAAGACCAUCCCAACACUUAUGGCCUAGAUGAAAGAAGAUAUUUGAAUGCUUGUAGCUAGUUUGGGGUUUCUGGAGAUCAUUUAGAAACAUUAGGCUUGAAAUUUUAGCCUAUUAGAAGUUCAAACAUAAAAGCAUGGGAAUGGAUUGUGCCAGAUGGUGCAAGGGACAGUUCUGUUUUUCUCUUGUGCUUUUGGUGAACAGUGAGAGAAUUUUUGUCUCUCUCUCUCUCGUUUUUAUAGUAUUACCAUUAUUAUUGUUUCCAAAGUUAUUCAUGAUAACUAGGCAGAUUGACUCUCGGUAAUAUUGUAAGAAUCAUAUUGUUAUUAUGAUGACGGUUAUUAUUAUUAUAUUAAUCUUAAUCAUUAUUAUUGUUUAUAUUAUUACUAAAGUAAUAUCUGUGAUUGUUAUUGUUAUUUUAAUUCUGAUUAUUUUCAUUAUUACAUCUAUUAUUAUCAUUGCUAUGAUAUUUUCAUUUCUCAUUGUCAUUGUUAUUAUUGUUGUUGGUAUGACUACAGUAUUACUGACAUUAUUAUUAUAUUUUUAUUAGUAUAACUGUUAUUUUCCAUAAACGGUACUCUUUUUCCUGUUAUGUUCAUAUAGAAAAUUAGGAUUCCUAUAUAUUUUAUUCAAAUAUUUUAGUGGCCUUUUUAUCAGAAGACUACAAUAAAAAAUGUAAGAAAAUACCAGCUGAAUAAACAAAGACCCAAAGUCACAUGCACUGCUGUAACCAUGCUUAUAUGUUAUAGUCCCAUUUUGAUAAAGUAAAAGAAAAAUUAUAAUAAAAAUAAUGACGAUAAUAAUAGGUGAUGGAAAAAAAAAACAUAGACAAUCUGUUACUCCGAAUCGGUACCUAUGACUUCACAACGCUUGCACACCACUCAAGGCACUCAGGACGGAGUUUACUUGUGAGAAGCCUUUGCUCACGGCAGCCAGCCACAGAAGUACAGUUCUGGACAGAUUUCCAUGGUACAGCUUCAUCAGAUUGUUAUCGCAAUAGCAGCAGAGACAAAAUUAUCAAAUCAUGAGGUAGUUAUGCCUAAGCUAAUUUAGUUAAGUAGCUAGUUAUAUGGCUGAGAUGAGCAACUCUUGGGAUUCACUUAGAACUUUUAAAAGGGUCACUAGAGGAAGAGAUCAAGAAAUUGCAUAAAAGGUGUAAGAACAUCUUGUAUAUCUGAAGUCUGUCCAGAACUGUGUGCAGUAGUAUGGAGGUGGUUUGUAUAAAAACAAAAAGAAAAAUAUACCUUUUAUUUCAUUUUCUUCCAUUAUAAUUUUGCAUCUCAACAUAUAAUUUUUUUCUUAACAUCAACAGUUUCUUUCUCUUUUUUAUGGUUUUAUCAUUACAAUUAUUCACUUUUAUUUGUCUCACAACUAUGCACUGACUAUUAGUUUUUCACAUAUUAAUGUAAAUUGAUUUCUCCGUUACUUUGCUGGCAACUGCAUCUUUAGCUGCUGUUGCUCGUUUUAAGUCUGUACAAGGUGUGCAGUAAAUUUUAUCAAUAAG